GCCGGAUUUGCUGUUUUGGGGCGACCCGUUAGAUUCGCCGGUCUGGACUGAGGUCCGUGCUGAUGACUCUUUCAUCUUCUCUCUCUCUCUCUCUCUGUCUGUCCUUUUUAAUCCUUUCUCCCCAGGUUUCGUUCUUCCUUCUCCUGCUCUGUCAAAUCUUCUUCUCUCUCCAUCUUUCUUCUGCAAAUCAUUCACCUCCACUGUAUACUGAUCCACACGUGAUCUCCACCACUAUACAACUCACUACAAUCAACUCAUCCUCACACAUCACAUCUACGAUACUCGACACAACAAUAUAUUAUAUAUAAGAUAUAUUCAUACAUCAACAUAUAUAUAUAUAUAUACAUAUAUACAUAAUGGCCGUCCAAAAAAUCAUACCCAGAGCGGAACCUCCCUCCAACGCAAAUAAACGCUGGCCCCCCAUGGCCGACAAGACCUCUCUCCCCUUCCGCCUCACCACCCUCUCCAAGCAAAAGCUCGCCCGCGAGGCCACCGCUCCGGAUCCGGACAUCCGCCGCUGUCUCUGCCACUUCCGUCUGCACGUCAUGUCCGUCGAGAUGGCCCAGAAGGAUAUGACCACGCGUAUCAACUCUUUCGAUCUUGAGUCCGAGUCGGAGUCGGAGGAUGAAGACGCUGGAAAUCACAAGAAGAACUUCGUCAGCCGAAUUCCCGCUGUACCGGAACCGGCUGCGAAGAAGGAUGUUAGCCCGGAGAGUGAUGCGGCUGAUGCUGAGAAGGACUCGGCUAUUCAUGUUCACUUUGAGGUGUCGUUUGAGCAGUCUGCUGAGCAGACGGAGGAGCAGUCGGCCACCAUUUCCAAGGAAAAGACCCAAUCACAGCACCAGAGCCAACCCCAGAGCCAACCGUCGGGGAAGGAGUCUGAUUCAGACGGCUUCAUGGAGAAAGGGCGCACUUGUCUGGAGAAGACGAAGAAUCUAUGGCCGUCUCCAGGGCAGUGUCUGCCCAUCCAGAUCUCUGGGUAGUCUACUCUCCCCAUUCAACCCUCGGACUACUCCUCACUCCUCUCACUCGACUACUUGCUCGACUGCAUAUAUACCUCCGACUACUUUCUCGGCUCCUCCACUACCUACCUCUUGACUGCACCACACCUCAACUGUACACAUUACAGACGGAAAAGUCGCAAAAGUACUAUAUUAAUACGCGAAUAAUGAAUAACGAAUCACGACUGGAUUAGCUCAGCUAUACAUUGACUAGAAUAUAAUCAUCUCAAUAUCAAAUGCAAAGUAAACAAUA